AUGUCCGCCAUCCCACGAACCGUAUCUCGCGUCUUGCGAACACCAGCACGAGCACGAGCACGAGCUGUCGCAUCACCCCUCCGACCCUCAUCCCCCAUCGCCAUCAUCACCGCAAUUCGCACCGCGCAAACCGAAGCCGCCCCCUCCGCGCUCAAGACCCCCCCACCACCAUCCUUCCAAAAUGCGCAUGCGCCGCAAACACCCAGCUCCAAGCCAGCAACCCCAACACAAGCAACAACAGACCUAUCCACCCACCCCCUAAUCCAAACCCUCCGCCGCGACCCAACCCUCAAAGAAACCCGCCCCCAUCUCACCAUGCCCGCACACCUGCGCCCCGCGCACUUCGUAGCGGGAACCCUCUCCGGCGAAACAAAGCUCACGUCCGCCCCGUACAUGUUCCUCUCACACCAAACCCCUUCCCACCAAGCCCCUCCCCAAGCUCAGCGCUCAGAGGAGACGGACUCCGCACCCCGCCAAAGCCGCGCAAUCACGGUCUUCCACGCAGGCCGGGACAUGUGCGGACACCCGGGGUACAUCCACGGCGGGUUCCUGUCCGUGAUGUUCGACGAGGUCUUUGCGCACUGCGUGUCGCAGUCUUUCCGGAGCGGGACGGGGAUGACGGCGAAUCUGAACGUGGAUUUCCGGAAGCCGGCGCUGCCGGGACGGGUGUAUGUGCUGCGGGCGGAGACGGUCAAGGUUGAGGGGCGCAAGGCGUGGGUUGAGGGGACGAUGAGGAUGAUGCCGGCGGCGAGGACGGGGGGCGAGGAGGAGGGCGUUCUUGUGGCGGAGGCGAGGGCGCUGUUUAUUGAGCCCAAGUUUGCAGAGUCGAUGGUGCCUGUUUAUCGGAACUAG